GGGACGGCCGUCUGCAGGCGUCUCCUCUCCUCUGCGGAUCACAGCCGCUCAGCCUCCCGCAGCCUGAGCACACCUGAAGGAGCAGAGAGCCAUGAGGAUCUGUGCGGGCUGCGUGUGAGCCGUGCACCAGGUGAGCUCACCUGCGGACUGUUUACCUGCAGCAGCACCAUGCCGGAGCUCAUCAGCGUCACGGAGUUCAUCCAGGAGACCAACGAGGACUACAAAGCUCCCACCACCUCCAGCUUCAGUACCCGGAUGUCCCAGUGCAGGAACUCAGUGUCCGCUCUGGAGGAGGCUCUGGACCUGGACCGAUCCGUUCUCUACAAGAUCAAGAAGUCUGUGAAGGCCAUCAACACGUCGGGUCUCGCUCACGUGGACAACGAGGAUCAGUACUUUCUGUCUCUGGAGAAAUUCGGAGACAACUGCGUCCACCGGGAGGACGCCGAGGUCGGCUCCGCCUUCCUCAAGUUCUCCGUCUUCGCCAAAGAGCUGACGGCUCUCUUCAAGAACCUGCUGCAGAACAUGAACAACAUCAUCACCUUCCCUCUGGACAGUCUGCUGAAGGGAGACCUGAAGGGAGUCAAAGGGGAUCUGAAGAAGCCGUUCGACAAAUCCUGGAAGGAUUAUGAGACCAAACUAGCCAAGCUCGAGAAGGAGAAGAGGGAGCACGCCAAGCAGCACGGGAUGAUCCGCACCGAGUUCAGCGGAGGAGAGAUCGCCGAGGAGAUGGAGAAGGAGAGGCAGCUCUUCCAGCUGCAGAUGUGUGAGUAUCUCCUGAAGGUGAACGAGAUCAAAGUGAAGAAAGGCGUCGACUUCCUGCAGAACCUCAUCAAGUAUUUCCACGCUCAGUGCAAUUUCUUCCAGGACGGACUGAAGGCUGUGGAGAGUCUGAAACCUUCUGUGGAGAAACUGACCUCAGAGCUGACCACGAUCAAGCAGACUCAGGACGGCGAGAGGAAACAGCUGACUCAGCUCCGAGACGUCCUGAAGGCGUCUCUGCAGUCCGAGCAGAAGGAUGACGCUCAGGCCAAACAGAGCGCCGGCUACAGCCUCCACCAGCUGCAGGGCAACAAGGCCCACGGCACCGAGUACUCCGGAGUCCUCUCCAAGAGGAGUGAGGGGCUGAGGAAGGUUUGGCAGAAGAGGAAGUGCUCAGUGAAAAACGGUUUCCUGACCAUCUGUCACGGAACGGCCAACGCACCGCCGGCCAAACUCAACCUGCUCACCUGCCAGGUGAAGAGGAACCCGGACGAGAAGAAGAGCUUCGACCUGUUCUCACACGACAGGACCUAUCACUUCCAGGCCGAGGACGAAGCCGAGUGUCAGGUAUGGGUGUCGGUGCUGCAGAACAGCAGAGAGGAGGCGCUGAAGGAGGCGUUCAAAGGCGUCCAGGACGACGGAGAGAACAACAUCGUCCAGGAGCUGACGAGAGCCAUCGUAGGAGAAGUGAAGAGGAUGAGCGGCAACGACGGCUGCUGCGACUGUGGGGCGCACGGUCCCACCUGGCUGUCCACAAACCUGGGGGUCCUGAUCUGUAUCGAGUGCUCGGGGAUCCACAGGGAGAUGGGGGUCCACUACUCCAGGAUCCAGAGCCUGGACCUGGAUGUGCUGGGGACCUCUGAGCUGCUGUUGGCGAAGAACGUGGGAAACGCCAGCUUCAACGAGAUCAUGGAGGCCGACCUGUCGGUCACUAAACCCGAUCCGACCAGCGACAUGCAGACGAGGAAGGACUUCAUCACGGCCAAGUACACCGAGAAACGCUUCGCCCGGCGGCUCUGUGCCGACGCGGCGUCCAGGCUGCAGGUUCUGUACGAGGCCGUCAGGAACCAAGACAUCCUGUCCCUGAUCCAGGUCUACGCUGAGGGGGUGGACCUGCAGGAGUCCAUCCCUCAGCCCAGCGAACACGAACCCGGAGAGACGGUUCUCCACCUGGCGGUCCGUAUGGUCGACAGGAACUCCCUCCACAUCGUGGACUUCCUCGCCCAAAACAGCGGGAACCUGGACAAGCAGACGGCCAAAGGAAGCACCGCGCUGCACUACUGCUGUCUGACGGACAACAGCGAGUGUCUGAAGCUGCUGCUGAGAGGAAAGGCUUCAGUGUCCAUCACAAACGAAGCGGGAGAAACGCCGCUGGACAUCGCCAAACGCCUCCGACACACUCUGUGUGAAGAACAGCUGACUCAGGCUCAGACGGGGAAGUUUAACGUCCACGUUCACGUCGAGUACGAGUGGCGUCUCCAGAACGACGACAUGGACGAGAGCGAGGACGAGAUGGAGGACAAGCCGAUCCCAAACCGGCGUGAGGAGCGUCCGGUCAGCUGCUUUGUGCCGGGCGGCGGCCCCAUACACCCUCACAACAUGGCGUCGGUGGCCCGGGACGCCGCCAACCUGGCGAGGGACAAGCUGAGGCCUCAGGUUCCGAGCGUGAUGAUCAGCAACGAGACCUACGGCACCAUGCUGGACCUCAACCUGCCGCCUCCGGGGCCGACGCCGCCGCUGCCACCCAGAGGACCCAACCGAGGUCCAGGACCAAAUAAACCUGUUGCCACGGAAACCUUCGGGAGACAGCGGUCGUCCUCCGACCCCCCGAACCCUCAAACCCCUGAGAGGAACUCCUCCAUGUACGUGCUCCCAGUAGCUCCUCCUCCUCCAGUGAACAAGAGGUCCAGCAUGUUGGAGACCAAGACCCUCUCAGCCCGGAACACCCCCCUCCCCCUCUGCCCCUACCAGCAGCAGGACUCCCCCGGUCCCCCAGUUCCUCCAGUCCCACCAGCACCCACCAUCCCACCGGCACCCCACUACAAAGCUCCGCCCCUCCCACCCCUAGUCCCCCUUCACCAGACCAGCAAACCACCGGGACCACCGGGACCACCAGGACCACCUGGACCCAAGACCCACAAAUCACCCACUGGAUCAGUGAAACAUCCUCCUCAGAGACCUCCUCUCAGGACGGCAUCGGUGGACAAACGAGGGUCAAAGGCCAAAUCCCCACAAGGCUCCGGUCCUCCAACACCCAAACCCAGAAGCACCUUCUCCAAGCUGAAGCCUAAGCGGGUGAAGGCCAUCUACAACUGUUCGGCUGAUAAUCCAGACGAGCUGACGUUCACGGAGGGGGAGGUGAUCGUGGUGGAGUGGGAGGAGGACAGCGAGUGGUGGUUUGGUCACGUUGAAGGAGAUCCGACCAGGAAAGGAGUGUUUCCUGUCACCUUCGUUCACUUCAUCACAGAGUGACGGCCUCAGGUGUGAGCGGAGAGAGAAGCCCCGCCCCCUUCCUACUGCUCACCUGUAGACUCGCAGAGACCUGAACCGGACCGCCACACAAACAGACCGGCCCAGUUUCCCCUCCUAGAACCAGAGACUCCAUCUUUACCAGCUUCCUGUUUCUGUCCGUGUUCAAACUCACAAAACUUUAUUGUAAAUUCUGACAAAGUUUGACAAAAGAAUUCUGACCCAGCAGACGUGAAGAAAACCAGACCAAUAGAUCCAGAGAAACCUUUCACACUUUGUUAUAUUUGAUACCACAGUGUUCUUUAGUGCAUCAAACCAGGUCCAUAAAGAAACCUCUUUUUUCCCAGUUUGGAGGGAGGUUCCUGGACUCAACACCUUGAGGAAGAACAGAAACAGCUUCUGAGUUUAAAGCUGCAUGAACCCUCUAGAGUCUGUUUUUAACGUCGGAGCGCCCUCUAGUGACCGAAGUGAUUAAAGAGCUAAACCAACACAGGACUAUGAACCAGGAGACGGCGGUUCAAGUCCCGCUUGAGACCAAAAUUCCACGCCGACUUAUUUUAACUUAAACUUGAAUCAAACAUACUUAUUUCAUCCUGAACCUAUGUUUACCUUUUCCUCACUAUUAAUAAUCUAAUAGAGUUCUGCAGGAGGACGGAUUUCUGUAGUCCAACAGGAAGUCAUCAUCACCAGUUCCCUCCACGAACAGCCAAUCAGACUCUUCCAUUUGAUUCUGGAUUAUUGCAGAAAAUCAUCUCUGUGCUAAAAUCUCUUCAGUUUGUGUAAAACACUUAGAACCAGAAACAGAUCCAGAAAAAAACCCAUUUGAGACGAGUGAACAGGAAAUGAUCUAAGGGAUUUACCCACAAUUCAUAGCAGUGUGAUGUUAAAUGCGGGGUUACUAGUGGGAGCAUGGAGACGUAAAAAAAGGUAAACAGAGAGGAUGAAACAUGUGAGUUCAGCCUGGAAACAUUAAGGAUUAAAAUGGAACAUAAAACAUGAAAUCAGAGGAAUGGAAGCAGAGAUUAUAAUAAACAGACAAAAACGAGUAAAUAGAUUAUUUAAAAUCAUUUAAUUUAUCUUGUGAGGAACGAAUCUAGAAAACGUUUAAAUCAGUGAGCAAAAAAUACAAAAACUAAAUAAAUAGAAAUACUGGUUUUCGGCCUCAUUCCUGCAGCCUUCCUCUCACUCCUCACCCCUAAACCCAGAGUUCCAGCCAAUCAGAGGCAGAGCCGGCCGGGCCACGCCUCCUCCACAGCAGGAACAUAAUACAUGUGUAGGGACGACUCAGGUUGAGAAGUGAACAUAAAGACUGAAACCAGAAGCUCUGUGUGGUUAUAGAGAGUUUAUGAAUAUGGUUAAUCUGACGUCUGUGUCUCCAUGUUUGUCUCUGCUGUCUUUAGUAUUAUUUUAACCUUUAACCUUUAAGGGAAAUCUCUCCUAUUUGAUUUUAUUAUCAUUUUAUUAUAAUGCAUCAUUAAAAACACCUGAAAUACUCCACACAGUGAAUGUGUAAUGUGAUUUAUUUUCUUA